UGCGGUUCUGCUCUACAACAAAUAUGCGAGGGAGGAGUGCUAGUGGGACGGGCCGGACUCGGCCCCCCACACUAGCGGUUGUUGAGGAGGAGGACGACCAGACAGCACCUCCAGAGGUGGCUGAGGCGCAAGAGGGUGUGCAGCCAGCUCCAGCACCUCGUAGACCUCGAGCUCGGCGCCAGCCUGUUGAGGGGGAAGUAUUGGAUGCCACUGGCAGAAUCCGAGUCAUCCCCAACGCACAGAGGACCAGGUUGCUCGAUACCAGCACGGUAUCUAGAGAGUUGCGGGAAAUCUUCCAGAGUCGGUGGUGGGCAGUAGGCACCGCUUGGAGGUUUUUGCCUGAGGAGGCUGUUUCUUUUUACUUCGAGGAGUUUAAGAAAAAAUUCUUCUGGGAGGACGAAUUCAAGGAACGAGUCAUCCGAAGUACUUUCGAGAAGCAUGCUGCGAACCGGUAUUCUGACAGGUUGUCCACUUACAAGACUUCUCGUGAGAGAGACGUGUCUAUUACAGACGACGUGUGGCAGGCUUGGGAGAGAGUUUGGGACUCUGAUGAGACAAAGAAGAAAUCGGCCCAGGCGCGGGCCAAUCGGAUGAGCGAGCCGGCUGGAGCUGGCACUGGACCAGUUCGACAUACCGGAGGGUCGAUGUCUGCUUUAAAGCAUAAGGCGGUUUUGGCUAGGGAGCUGGGGCGCGAGCCGACACAUGCUGAGGUGCAUAAGCGGAUGCACACUCUGAAGGCUGACCCGACCCGAUUCGUGGAUGAGCGCGCGAGGAUUGCGGCUGUAAGUAUCUUUUUAAAAUUAUAUUGAUUGAAAGUAGUAUUCAAAUAGUUUAAGUAGUUCAAUAGUUUGAAUAUAAUAUCUCAAUUGUUUGAAACACGUAAUUUAUUUUAUUUGAAUUAGGUAUCUUUGUUGUUCCUUUGAAUUAAGUGGUUUGGUUGUUGAUAUGUGCUAGUUUGUACAAUUUGAAGUUUGCAGGAUUUCCCUGAAAAAUGGGUGAUGUUCAUUUUAUAAA